GCUUGGACUCAGCUUCGGGUUCCUUACUCAGCUGAUGCUCUAAGACAACACCAGGACUCCUCACUAUGGCAUCCUUCAAUGCCCACGAGAGGAAAUUCAUUGUUGACCUGUGGGCCAAGGUCGAUGUGGCCCAAUGCGGCGCUGACGCCCUCAGCAGGAUGCUGAUUGUCUACCCCUGGAAGAGGAGGUAUUUUGAACAUUUUGGAAAAAUGUGCAAUGCCCAUGACAUCCUGCACAAUUCAAAAGUCCAGGAACAUGGCAAGAAGGUGCUGGCCUCCUUUGGGGAAGCCGUGAAGCACCUGGACAACAUCAAGGGCCACUUCGCCAACCUGAGCAAGCUGCACUGCGAGAAGUUUCAUGUGGAUCCCGAGAACUUCAAGCUCCUGGGCGACAUCAUCAUCAUUGUCCUGGCUGCCCACCACCCCGAAGACUUCAGUGUGGAGUGCCACGCCGCCUUCCAGAAGCUGGUGCGCCAGGUGGCUGCUGCCUUGGCUGCUGAAUACCACUAAACGUGCCGGAGGGAAGCACACGACAAAAAGAUGCUGCUUCCUCCUGGGCACCGCUGGGUGCUCUGUGGGCUCCACUGGGCUGUAAUCAUCAAAUAAAACCCAUGCAUAACCAUC